GGUGAAAAGGUGGAAUGGACUGUUCUCCAGGGACCAAAGUCCAUUUCAUACCUCACGGAGAGUAGAUACCAGCAAAAAUAAACUAUAACAGCAAAGUUUUACAUCUGUCCGCUGCAGAAAAGUGGCUAAAGAUGAGUCAAUGAGUGCAGUACAAAAAUGACUGUUGCAGUGGCAUUUUCAUAUAAUCAACUCUUUUAUACUGAGAAGAAAUGGCAGAUUUUCCUGGUAAAGUCAGCACUCAGACCAGCUCACAAGAACCUCAAAGAAGUUUUGGAAUCCCAUUGAGUGUUGACAUGAACUUCAUCAAAGGCAUUCCUGGUAUUCUACUUUUGGCUGAGAUUGUUGUUGGAUUACUGGUGUGGGCGCUGAUUGCCAGUACCCCAUUCUCCUCGGCAUCUGUUUAUGGCUGGGUCCUGUUUGUCAGCGUGACGCUGUGGCUUUUGAGCAUCGCCCUGUUGGUUGUGCUGUUGCUGAGGCUUCAUCAGAGUCUACCCCCAAUACCCUGGCCUUUGGUGCUCAUGGUGUUUUACUUAGUCGCAGCUGUUCUAUACCUAACUGCCUUUUUGGCUAAUGCUGCAUCCGUUCCACGUGUACAUUACCAUGGUCAUCUGGGAACUUCUGCAUUCUUUGCCAUAGUGGUGACCCUGUUAUAUGCAGCUAGCAGCUACUUUGCCUAUUUGGGCUGGAGGGGUGAAGGGCAAAACGCAGCGGGGAGUACAGUGCCUGUAUAGACCAUCCUGUGAUCAACACUGUCAUUAACUAUGCGAGGACACUUCCAAGAGGAUAUUACUCAGAUUAUUUGGUAUUGCUGAAAAUCCUCUUCAGGAACGUCCAACAACCCAUCUGUAUAACGGUGCCCAGCAUAAUUGCUAGAAGGUUUAUAACAUGGGCAUUUUGUGUACUGAGAGUCACCAGCCUGCACAAGCAGCAGGUUUGGGGUCAGUAAGAUUUUUUUUUUUUAAAGAAAUUAAUACUUUUAUUCUACACUGAGGUAUUGAUUAAAAGUGACAUUUAUAAUGUUACAAAAAUUCCAUUUCAAAUAAAUGCUGUCAAAUUUUCAGUUCAUCGAAAAACUUGAAAAAUUGGGCAUUAAAAUGGAAAAAAACAGCUUUGCUAUCACAGGAAUACAUCCUAUUUUAAAAUUAAUAUUUUACAUUUUUUCACAAUAUUACUGUUUAUUGCAUUUUUUUAUCAAAUAAAUGCAUCCUUAGUGAGCAUGAGACUCCUUCAAACACAUAAAAUUUUACCAACCCCAAACUUUUAGUGUACUAUUUUUGUAAGAUACACAAACUGACUUGAGCAAAUAUGUAUUUAAGUGGUGAGGUUCUUGCAUUAUUGUACAGUUAUGCUUAAUGUAAUUGAUUCAUUGUUUUGAGCAUAAAAAUGUUUUGAAAAAACA